ACACCGAUUGUUCGUCAGUGCACGUUCGUCUUGAACACAGAGCGAAUCGGGUGUUACGUUGUCGACGGAAAAUUACGUUUUGUUCGGUUGUGCACGAUGUUGUUGCUGCCAGCGUGAGUGCAUCAACGGAGGAAACUGUACAUUUAUCGGGAUUACUAUGCGACCUGCUACGCAUCAUUCUUGUGUGCGGUUGACGAACCGGAGCUGAGAUGUACGUCCUGGCGAAUCGUUUCGCGAUGAACUGAUCUCGCGAUUCGAGGGACGACGUUUUCGGGUCGAGUCCGUGAUCGUGCGUGGCUGCCAGGACAAACAGGGACGAGAUAAAGAACGAAGAAGAAAGCGGCGGAGGAGGAGGAAAAAUGAGGGCCUCGUUGCUGUUGCUGGGGGGCAUCGUGGUAUUCUCGCUCGCGGUCGCGAGAGCUCUCUCCUGCGUAUGUUCGCCCUUCGAGUGUGACAUUCUCACCGACGACGACUGCCCCGGAGGCCUCACUUGGGAUCCCUGCAGAUGCUGCAAAGUGUGCGCUCGUGUCGAGGGAGAACCGUGCGGUGGCCUGUUUGGAUUUUCCGGAAGUUGUGCUGACGGCUUACAAUGUGUCAUCAAAAAUUUGCUGCCCAACACUCGAGAGGUGGACGAGGGAGUCUGUACAAAGAUCCCAGGCAGAUGGAGGAGGCAUUGCCCGCACGGGCCAAGAAUGUCCGAACCUGGUUGCAACUUGGUAUCUGAGGGGACCGCCGGACAGAACGGAAAUACGGUUGCAACAGGAAAAUGCGUUUGUGGGCCGUCGGUGCCGUGGUGUCCGAACGAACCGCGUCCCUACGAUUAUUCUACUCGACGCGAGUGCACGCUCAACCUUGCUGCAAAGAUGAAUUACGAUGACCUCUUUAAUUCCGGAAACACGCCAAGCGACGACGUCGAAGGAGGCACGCGUGGCGUCGACUGCCCGGAGGAUAGCGUCCGAGGAGAGAACGGCGAGUGCAAAUGCGCAGCCAUCGACUGUCCAUCGGUCGAAUGCCAAGCGGGUCAACGUCCGAUGCAAGUGAAGCCAGCGGACCCUGAAACGCCAGGUAGCUGUUGCGCUCGUUACGAUUGCGUGCCCACAGACCCUCGAGGAUCCGAACCGUGUCCGGAGAACAGCGUGCUCACCGAGGAUGGAAAAUGCGAGUGCGCGCCCUGCCCACCGGCUAGAUGUCAAUCCGGACAUCGGCCCGUUCAAGUCAGGCCUGCCCUCGAUCGCGAGACGCCCGGAAGCUGUUGCCCGCUCUACGAGUGUAGACCCGCAGAGUCCGUCUACCGGAUAGAAGUGGCGACCGAGACGACAAAGAAGGCAGAAUAUUGUAUCUACGAGGGCAAGGCGAGAAAGUUGGGCGAACGAUGGCAACAGUCGGACUGCGUGAACUGCGUUUGUCAAGAGGACGGGGUAUCCUGUCAAGAACCGAUGUGCAAGUCCUGCGAAAACGCGAUUCCUCCCGAUCCUGGCGAGUGUUGCCCUCACUGUCCGCCGCUUACGAACGCGACGUUUCACGAACCCCGACUGCCCUGUCGAACAUCGUUGGAAGGAUGCGAGUUAACGUGCCAGCGUGGUUACGCCACGGACGAAAAUAAUUGCCCGGUGUGCAGUUGCGACGAAUCCAAGGACGACGACGCGACGAUGACGCAACGUCCGGCUACCAACGACGACAAGAUUUGCCCGAAACCGCCGCGUUGCGAGGUCAACUGCGAGAUCGCGAAGGACGAAGAUGGGUGCCCGACGUGCACUUGCCAGAGUAUGGAAACCUUCGAGCAGCCUGUCACCGACACCGUGUCCACGGACGACGAGGGGAAGAAGAUUUGUCCCGAGGUAAAGUGCGACUUGCACUGCGAACGGGGAUUGGUGAUGGACGAAAACGACUGCACGUUCUGCAAGUGCCGGGAACCGGACUCGCCGGGCUGCCCGCCUCUGCUCGGAUGCAGGAAACGAUGCGCCUUUGGUUACAAGACGAACAAACGCGGUUGUCCGAUGUGUCGCUGUCGUGCUUCCUGCAUGGACCAUCUUAACGGAACGCAUCCGGAAGGAUCGACCUGGCAUCAAAACUCGUGUACCUCGUGUACCUGCGAAGCCGGAGGGAAGCUCAACUGCAAAGAGACUGUUUGCUCGGUAGCUUGCAACGAUCCGUUGCCCCCGCAACCGGGAACUUGUUGUCCGGUCUGUCCAAUUACGCCGUCGAAAGGAAACGGAGCGACCAGCGGACAUCAUCCGGCGGGCAAAGGCUGGGGCACGGUACCGAUCACUUUGAUCGCGAUAUUGACGUUGCUCUGCGUGCUGUUGAUCGUUCACAUCGUUCGCGGCCGAUUCCGAGCUCGUCUCUCGCCAUCCGACGCCUCUUACUCCAGCUACCCUCCGCAGUACUACAAAUGCGUGCCAGCGUACGACACGCCGGUGCAUCGAAACGAGAAAAUCGUACCUUUGUAAAAGACUGUCUGACGAACCGGGCAAAACACGAGACACGGUUGGACAGGCGGUGUUUAAGCGCCGGCUACGUCUUCGCACAGCGUCGAACGAGAGAACGAAGACCGAACGAGAGAAUAUUUGCGAAGAAACCGCGGCCGCCGCCAGCGAGUCCGAACCUGCUGUUCGACCGGUUAAAAAUACCAUAUUGUAGAUUCAGUAUUAUUUGUAAGUAGCGGACGGUUUUUCGAUCGUAAGGGAAGACAAUUGGAACAUUGUUACCGAAGUUGAAAGCCGUGAUCCACGGCUAUCGGUACCUUCUCAGACGCCCCCCUUACCAACCCCAUCCCUAAUUCGAUGCGAUGUCGUGUUGCGAUGUGUAAAUUAUAAUAUAAAAGCUAGCGUGAUUAUCACGAAGAGGUAAACAGAAGUAAAUACGCUAACGAUAAACUUAGUAGAGAUCAUCCUAACUUAGUCGUAGUAUUAGUUUCCUCGAUCUCUGGACCAUCGUUGUGUUUCGCGUUGCCGAUACUUGCAUCGUAUUUUCGCCACUUUCCACGCCAUUCCCACGCGCUCUGCCCCUAUUUUCCUUUGGUAUUCCUACGCCUUCUCUUUUCCACCGACUCUCCUGCCUUUUCCCCUUCCCUCUUAUCGUUCUCAUGUUCGUACGUGGAACGCGUUUUGUUCUAUCGAGAAUCCAAGGGACAAAGACGAACGUCGUCGAUCCACCAUUCUAAACGACGUCCCUUGUUCUCGGAGCUGCGUUCGUCUCUAACGAUGCAUCCUGUCGACGCGGAAGAUCUUCGACUACGGAAUAGCACGCCAUCUUCUUGCACCAUUCCCGAUGAAAUCGUCGUAAUCUCGUAAUUUGUCAUCGACUAGCGACCGCGCGAGACGAGGGAAUAAUAAUCCUUUUCCCAUUCGUACGAACAGUCAGGAAGCUGGCAGGCUUAAUCCUGCCGCUUAAACAGAGACUGUUCCUACACGAAGACGUCGUCUAUGCUUCGUUCUGUGAAACGUAACGCUGUGAAACGUUCGAGCGAGGAUCGAGCGUAUUUUAUCUCCGAUAAAACGCGACGUUCUUAUUUCAAAAGCAACCGCGCGACCAAAUUCCCCGCGUACCAGCCGUUUUAUUUUAUUCUCCUUUUUCUUUUAUCUUUUUCUAACGAAAGAUAAAAGAAGCGUCGAGCGUCUUCCGUCACCUCCCCCUUCCCACCCUUUUCGAUUUUGAUCCAGAGCAAUUUCGAAUAUGCACCGCUCCGUUUUCACUUGGCACACACCUGUACAUAUCUAUCCGAAAAUCUACUCGCCCUGUACAAUCUUGCCAUCCCGGCGGCGUUACUUGCUAAAUAUUAACAAGCGAUGCGCGCGCUCUACGAGAUCGUUCGGGUGUAUCGUGCUCGUUUCCAGACUCGAUAUCACGCGGCAAGCGUAUCUCGCGCAGCAGCGAUAACGACGCAGCUAUGACAUAGCCUGUAAUGUACUUAGUUACUGCGAAAGAAGGAAACUGCGGAAAGGAACGGGAGAGAAAAAGCGAGCGAGAGGGGAAGCGAGAGGGGAAGCGAGAUGGAAGAUUGCGAGCGCCUACUCGUGGAUGCAUGUAUAGCUGUAGUAUAAGUAAGCGAGAGAGAAACAGAGAAAAAGAGGAUAAAAGUGGCGAUCGAAGGAAAUUGCCUUCGAACAGCGUAGCCUAAUGGAAAUACGAAAGAAUUUCCUUUGCGUCUGGUUUGUGGCGCGCCGACGCCGAUCGUUGUUGUAACGCGCGAAAUAACCGAUUUGUCGUGCAAAACGUAUAUUAAACAUAUCUCUCUGUGCUUGGACGCAAACGCGCGUGCCCGCACCUAGAACCUCGUCUUAUCAUUCCUUCUCUCCUAAACUUAACGCGUACAUAUAUUUUUCCAAUGCGACACUCGCGUCUUAUUGUACAUCGUCUCUGACCGUUUACCGUCUAGUAAUGCUAAAAUUGUCCGCGUGUACGCGUAUUGGCGCGCGCGUCGUGUCUACCGUAUGUAGAACGAUCGUCGAUUAAUCGCAGACUGUAUUUCGUACGUGUAAAUGUACGUUGGAGACAAUAUGUAUCGACGACAGGUUCGUACGAUGUUCCCGUGACGCGCGACAGCGAUGCGCGAGCCUCUGUCGUUUCUCCCUCUUCACCGCGUUCUUACUGCGCGUUCCGCUGCCAAAACGUGUAAACGAGAAUAGAGUAUCUCAUCUAGUCCCGUCUUGGUAAUCUCUGGCUGAACUCGCUGUUCGCUGUUCACCGCUCGCCGUUCCCCAACUGUUGGCCCGAACAUUUUCUAUGGAGGACGAAACGCCUCCGCCUAACGCGGAGAAGCACGAGACCAGUACUACGAUCGUCGGAGUUGUGGCGAAACGUUCGCGAAAGUAGUAAAAUUCAGCACGGAGCGGUGGAGACGCGGUGAAAAGCAGCCAACCGAGGAGGACACCGAGAAACGAAUAGUCUCGUGCUUGCGCGCCCUUUUUGUGUACAGUUUCACCGUAACGAAAUGUCAUAUCAAUGUAACCUAGACUUUAUUUAAUAUAUGCAAACUCGUAUGCAUAUUGAAAUCGUGCGUCAUGUUUAAAAGAUAGCUCUUGUAUGUUAAAUAAAACGAGACUAAAUAAAAUUGUUGAUAUGUGA